GCUUUCAACUCGAUAUAACUUAUUUUCGUUUCAAUUACAUAUUAAUUUGAGUGCUAGUGUUUAAUUUAAAUAGUAAAUAAUAAUUAAUUAGUGAAUGUUGCAGCACAAUAAUUUACAUCUCCUUUGCAUUCUACACAUAUGUACAUAGGAAUCUCCAACACAAGACAUAGUGCGAAAAAGAAAAGAAACGAAAAAGUGCUGAAAGCUCAUCCGAAAGUUCAUUGAAAUAAAAUCAAAUCGAAAUCACUGGCAGAACGGUAGAGUGCGCCCAAAACGAAACGGCGCCCAUCGAGUGGACGUGAAGACGUCGCUGCUGCUGCUGCUGCCGCCGCUGCUGCUGCUGGUGGUGACACUACCGCUGCUCUGCUGCUGCUAAAUAAUGAGUCGUCAUGAAGGUGUGAGCUGCGAUUCAUGUCUAAAAAGUAACUUCACUGGACGUCGGUACAAGUGUUUAAUCUGUUAUGAUUAUGAUCUGUGCGCCGAUUGCUAUGAGGAUGGCGUCACCUCCACUCGCCAUCUGGUUGAGCAUCCCAUGCAGUGCAUACUUACCCGUUCCGAUAUUGAAUUGUAUUUUGGCGGUGAAAUGCUAACAACGGAUCAGCCGCAAUCGUUUACGUGUCCUUAUUGCAAGAAGAUGGGCUUCAGCGAUGCCACCCUGUUGGAGCAUGUCUCCGCCGAGCAUACGGAGACCAGUUUGGAGGUCGUCUGUCCCGUUUGUGCCGGAUUGCCAGGCGGUGAGCCGAAUCUAGUCACAGAUGAUUUUGCAGGUCAUCUAACAUUGGAGCAUCGGCAAGGACCGCGAGAGUUAAUAUCCUUUUUGGACGAGCCCUCGGCCAUACGCCAUGGCGGUGGUGUGCGUCGCAUACCUGGACGCACCUUGGGCGGACCGCGUACGCGUCGCUCCAAUAUGCACUUUAGCUCAUCGAGUGGACUGUCGGCAUUGUCGCCAUCGGGUCGCGAAUCUGUCGAUCCCAUCGCAGAGCUGCUCUCACAGCUAUCCGGCGUCAGACGUGGCGUUCCACCAACAUCGCAGUUGCAACAAUUGCAGAUGCAAAUGCAAAUGGAUCGGCAACAGUUGACGGCAUCGCGCCAAAUCGAUCGGCUGCCAAGACGCACGCAUCCCAUAGUCUCAACAUCGAAUUCGAAUGCCACCAUGGCCGAGGUGAUCGGCGGCGGCGGCGGCAGCAGCAGUGCAGUUGGCAGCGGUGGCAUGAGUGCCAGUAGUGCGAAUGCACCGCCUAAUCUGCGCACCUCAGAAUGGCCGGUGGGCGCGAGCUUCUCAUCGGCCAGCAGCCAUCAGCAAACGCAGUCGAGCAGCCUGGCCGCUAAUACACUCAACGCCAGAGAAGCGGUCGGCAACAGUUGCAUUAGCAGCGGCAGUGGCACUGGCAAUGCGCUGGGCAUUAGCGUCGGCAUUGGUGGUGCACCAACGGCCAAUGGCGGCGGCAACACGAACGCCAUGUCUGGGCAAUCUGGCGGGCAAGCUGCGGCUGGCGAUACAUCGCAAUCGCAGUACUUGCUGGCCAAAUUUAUGCAGCCCACACUAACGGAUGCCGAGUGGGCGGAUGUAGAGCGCAAGCGGGCCGAUCGCUCCAUGUUUGUGCAGUCGCUGUGGCUAUCUUUGCUCUGCACAGAGGAGCUAGACUUGAAUGCGUCCAAUGAGGAUGGCGACUGUUUGGCCAAGAGUGAUAAUGUAAAUAAGGAGCAGGGUGGCGGGGACAGCCAGCAGCAGCAGCAACAACAGCAGCAACAGCAGCAGGAAGAACAGGAAACGCUGCUCAAUAACAAUGCAGAUGAACAGCAGCAGCAGCAACAGCAACGUGCUGUGGUACGACAGGUGAAUCAAAUGCAACAGACCUCGCCGGAGGAUUUUGUAUGCGAUGAAUAUCGCUACAAAAACAAAAAAGCCAACACAACAGCAACAACACAAACGAGUGGCACAUCUGCAACAGGGGGAUGUGUAGGAGCAGGUGGAGGAACAGGCGGCGUAGGUGCUGGCGGUGGCAUUGCAGUAGCUGCAGCAGCCAGUGCAACUGGCGUCAGGCCAACAGCAGUUGAUCGAGGUGGGAUCGAAAGACGCGGUCGGCCACAGCCAGCAGAGACUGCCACGGGCUCACAGCAGCAGCUGCAGCAGCAGCAACAAAAAUACAAACAAAAUGCAAAUGCGGCGGCAAACACAAAUCAAAUACCCGAUACUAGGUAGUGUCUCUUAACAUAACAUAACAACAACAUAACAGCAAAAACAACCACACAUUGUAGCUGCUGCAGACUAAGUAACAACAGCAAUACGCAAACAACAAAUGGAACACCAUAGCCAACCACAACAACAACAGCAACAACACAUUAUCAAUCAACAACACAGCAACAACAACAAUAACAA